AUGGAGAGGAUGCUACUGAUAAAGGUCAACAAAAGAAAUGUUGGAUUUAGAGAUGAGGAAGCCGCGAAAUGGACUGGGAGAUUUGGCAGCAUCUUGGACAAUGUUUCCAGCAUGGUCGGGCAUAUAGUUAAGCUUGGCCAGGAACUACAUACUGCGGAUGGGCAAAAGUAUUUUGCUUCUUGUUCAGAAGUGGCAGCAGAAUGGCUGAAUACAGACAGUGACAGACUCAUCAAGAUGUGGGCAAGUGCUCUAUUUUGUGCAAGAAAGGUAGGGUUUAUUUAAUCUAAGGCAACAUAACAUGUCGAUGCAUGUAUGAGGGCCUAUAUACAUGCAUGCAGGAUCAAGUACCUAUGAUCUGUAAUCCUUCAAAUAUAUAUUGCUUAUCACAAUGGCACCCCCUGCAUGCAUGCACAAACAAUGUUCCUAAUUGACAUAAUGCAUACAUAUAUUUUUUUUACUGUUAGCACCAGUGUAGAUAGAGUACCGAAUCCGGCCAAUGAAAGCUUUGUUGUACAUAGUUUAUCUGUAUAUUUGUCAUGUUUCAGAUGGCCAAAUAUACUACAGCUGUAAGUGAAGAAGACAUUUUGCAACACUUCAAAAGUGUUUUGGCACCAUAUGUUUUCGAGAACCAAGUUCCUCAGAUGACAGAGCCUUUCCUUUCGCCUUCAAGCUGGUCAUCUCAAACAUCUGGAGAGACAGUGGUAAAAGCAUUGGAAAACAUCCUCCUUGAUGUCACAAAGGGGGAAGAUCAAACAACGGUAAAUAAAUGGGUAUAAAGCUAAGUGAUAGUCGAACUAGACUAGAAAAAACUAUAUAUGGAAAAAUUGCUAUCAUAUAUGAAGGAACGCUUUGGAAACUAGUUAUCCCCCACUUCUUUUAGAUGUUGACUGCACAUCUUUCGAUUUCGGAAUCUUCAAAUAAAUAUGCCCUAUGUAAUAUCUCUUGUUAAUCACAUGUAAUUUAUGGAAGCUAUAUAACACUUUGUUCGGUUGUUCAGCACACAUGUAUUUGUUUAAAUUCAAGCUAUGACUAAUGUAAUGCUCUAAUUAACGAAUAAAAUCAUCUUGCAUUAGUAUAGGUUCACAAAUAAAACUUCAUGCAAUUAACUGGCUAAUUGUCACCUUAAACAAUUUCUUUUUUCAGGUUCAAAGAUAUCUAUCCACAGACAUCAGAAGCCGUGCUAAUGAUGCGACUGUGGAUGACUCCAUGAUUGCCAUUCGAGUGCGACAUUUGAGAGAGAGAUGUAAAACGAAACAUAUAAACUGUCAUGUGUUAAAUCAUCUUAGCACUACUGUGUCAGCAACGAAUAUAGGUACAGCAGAACAUGAACCUUGGCACUACAAUUUUAAUCAAUGUUUAUUUUAUAUACAGCAUUCUAGCAGGGGAAGGGGGUUUAUGUCAUGGAAACCCCAAGAUAGGAAUUGUUACUCCAGGACCAGAGACUUGUUAAUCUAUAAAAUCAUGUUAUUAGUUUAUAUAUGUUACUCUCUAACUACAUCCACAUGUAUUUUAUAUAAUGUAGGAAAAGGGAGUUCUCAGAGUAGGUUUUACUCACCCAGCAAGAGGCAGCAUGUACCCAAGCAUUGCACAAUGGUGAGGAGAACAUUGUUUUCUAAUGAGGCAAUGGCAACACUAGACAAAGGUUUGUUUUAAAAUAUUUUGACUGACAAAACUUAUGUCAGAAUUAUAAGCUACACUAUUAGGACGCUAAAUUAUUUUCAAACAUCAUUAAUAAUUCAUAAGCUUAUUGGCAAAUCAUGUCAACCAUAAUAUGUCACGUGCAGUACUUUAAACCUGACAAAACACUCCUAAUUAGUAUUCUUUAUAUAAAGAAUACUAAUAAGGCAGUAUCUAUUGUAGUCAAUACAAUCAAUAAAUACAAACAAUUGUAUGUUCGAAAAAUUAAGCUUGUCCGAACUUUUGGCAUUUGUUUACAUUUUUUGGUCACGUGUUGCUACACGUGUCUUUAAGGUCGAAAAGGCGAAUUAAGGCAGUAUAUCUAUAUAUUGAAUUUGUGGCUUUAAACCUAAUAAAACACUCCUGCUCGUUUAUUAAACAGUACUUCAUGUAUUACAGCCUGUUAUGGUAAUGAGGUGGCAAGAGAGUUAGCUGAUACCAAUGAAGACACACCAGACAGUGCAGAAAGUGGUGCAUCGACAGUGAUCAAAGGUAACUACUUCACUGCAGUUAAUGUCCCACCAUUUGAACUUGUUCUUUUAACUUAAUUAUUACCAUUUGCCUAAUUUCCUGACUUAGACUAUUGUUAUUUUCCACUAAAAACGAAAGCAUAUCUUUAUCUUAGGUCAUCUUAUACCCACAGAACUACAUAUUAACUGUACCGAUUUUCGUGUUUAACAGGAUCUUAUUCUCUGUUAAACGUGAAAUGGAUUUUUGUGUUCACGAAUCCUUUGUUUUCCAUGAAACUUGAUUAAUACCCAACCCUUUAUAUAUCAAUCAAUAUGGUUCUCAUUCCUCUUAAUUCUUUGUUUAGCAUCAUUAGAGAAGAGAGAAGAGGAACUUCUAGUAAAAGAUGCAAAGAUAGACAAGCUACAACUCAAACUGACUGACACUGAGAGCGAACUGAAAGAAAAAGGAGAAAAGAACAAAGACUUGAUGGAGCUACUUAGCAGCAGAGACGAUGAAGUUCAAUCUUUGAACAGUAAAAUUUUGCACCUGCAGGAAGAGAUUGCAGUUUUGAAAAGGGGGAGUGAGUGUCACAAGAAUGUCCAAGGUAUGUGAUCAGCUAUAUAUAUAUAUAUAUAUAUUAGUAUAAUAGUAUUCUGGGAAUCUAUAUAUAGAUAUAGACGAAUGUGGUUUGGUUAACAAAACACAAAAUGCCAAAGAGUGCUCAAUAUCAUAUAGAUAGAGCAGAAAUAAUCGUAGCAGAAAAGGUUGCCACAUGCAACAAGAGGAAUCAUCAGGUGACUCUUGGAUAAAACAGACUGUUGUGGCAACCUUUCAAGGUAAGAGGAUAUAGAUAUAUGUUGCUCAUCAUUAAUAUUAGUUUAAUUCUUAAAUUAUUAUUUGGCUGGAGGUAAGUGCAUACUGGUAAUCAUACAAGUACACUUUUUAACUCAUUAAAUUUGUACUAUUAACAGGUCUUCCAUUUGACAUCCAAAGCUCACCAGUGGAACCUCUACAGAAAAAGCAAAAACCGCCAAAAAAUACAGCAACUAAUGGUAAGCAAGUUCUUGAUCCACAAUGCCAUGUAUAA